ACCACGUUGGUCCCAGUCAACCUGGAAGUGUCUGCCCUCCGCGUUCGCACUGCGUUCCGCCAAAAGACCGUCUCCGCGUUCCUGACUUCUGUUCCUGAGCCACUGCUCCGCCUCCUCCCUCCCCCGGCGCCUUUGCCCCCGUCAUCUCCGACCUCCACGUUGGACACGCGCAGCACCCCUUUCCCUGGCUCACCACCACCCUCACCGAGACAAGAAGAGUCUUUCCCCUCAUCCCCAGCCCUUCCCCCAAUCCCUCAAGCCCGCGACAACAUCAAGGUUUCCCGCUCUGAUUCUCAACAACUCCCCUCCCAGUAGCCUGGUCCCUUGCACUUAUCACUUUCUUUUGGCUUCAUUUGCGCCUUUUUCACCCUUGGCCUUUUUUCCUAUCUUCGUUCAUUUCCCCCUAUCCGUGCUACGAGCUUCAUGUGCUCAGUGGUAUGAGAAAUUAGUUUUAAUCCACUGCUCCUCCUUGCGCAAACGGACUGCUCCACUGACUGAAGGAUAGACGCUCUCUCCGGGAUGGCAUCUGGAAAGUCAUCUCGGCCGUCAACAAAGAGCGUUCUCGGGCCUGGCCAUAAUGAGAACAUCCACGACAUUUUCGACAUCGGGCAGCAGCUGGGCGCGGGGCAGUUCGGCACGACGUACAUCUGCACGGAGCGGGCGACGGGCGUGCACUGGGCGUGCAAGACCAUCCCCAAGUCCAAGCUGCUCACGGAGGACGACGUCGAGGACGUGCGCCGAGAAGUCGCCAUCCUCUACCACGUGCAGGAUUCGCCCAACAUCGUGAACAUCCGCGGGGCGUACGAGGACCGCGACUUCGUGCACAUCGUCAUGGAGCUCUGCACGGGCGGCGAGCUCUACGACACCAUCAUCGACCGCAUCGAGGCCAUGGGCGUGCCCUACACCGAGCACGACGCGGCGGAGCUGGCGAAGGUGAUAGUUCGCGUGGUGGAGACGUGCCACUCGCUGGGCGUGGUGCACCGCGACCUCAAGCCCGAGAACUUCCUGCUCUCCUCUACCGACCCCGACGCCGAGCUCAAGGCCACCGACUUCGGCCUCUCCGCCUUCUACAAAGGCGAGGGUUUGAGUCGCCACUGCGGCAGCCCCAUGUACAUGGCGCCAGAGGUGGUCAGAUGGAGGCCCGGCGCCCUGGGGGCGGGGCGCAAGCCGCCCAAGUACGGCCCCGAAGUGGACAUCUGGAGCGCGGGGGUCAUCAUCUAUGCGCUGCUCUCGGGGUUCCCGCCUUUCUACCACAGCAGCCACUCGUCCAAGGAGAUCUUCAAGGCCGUGCUGAAGGGCAACCCGUCCUUCUCGGUGCCGCCGUGGCCUGAGAUCUCCGACCAGGCCAAGCACCUCGUGUCGUGGAUGCUGCAGUCCGACCCCGCCAUGCGCCCCACCGCGCAUGAAGUGCUCUGCCAUCCGUGGCUGGGCGAGCCGGGCAUCGCCACACAGGAGCCUCUGCCGCCCGUGGUGCUGUCCAGACUGAAGCAGUUCACGUCCAUGGUUAAACUCAAGCGGGUCGCCAUGAAGGUCAUUGCAGAGGGCCUGAAGGAGGAGGAGAUCGCGGGGCUGAAGGAGAUGUUUGAGAUGAUGGACACGGAUGGCAGCGGCACCAUCACUCUGGAGGAGCUGCGCGUGGGCCUCAAGAAGGUCGGCGGCAACCUCACAGACGAGGAGAUCGAGAAGAUCAUGGAGGAGACGGACAUUGACCACAGUGGGGAGAUCGAGUAUGGCGAGUUCCUAGCCGCCACCCUCCACCUGAGCAAGAUCGACAAGCAGGAGAACCUGCUGAAGGCGUUUGAGUACUUUGACGCGGACGGCAGCGGCACCAUCACGCUGGACGAGCUGCAGAAGGCGUGUGAGGAGCUAAGGCUCAGCAAGGACGAGAUCAUGGCCAUGAUGGAGGAGAUCGACGAGAACAAUGAUGGAACCAUUGACUACAACGAGUUUGUGCAGAUGAUGCGCAAGACACAAACGGGAGGAAUGAGCCGGCGUGACAUAAUGGACGGCAACAUGGGUGUGUCAGAUUCUGAGCUCUCAAGCAACACGUUCCGUAACCUCAUGGCUCCUGAAUAGUUGUGGUUCCCAGUAGUGUUUCAUCUAUUACUAGAAGACACCAAGUUGUGAGAUACUUGCUUUUAGUUGGGGCUUCAAUGCGAUUCAUGCAGUAAUAUGUACAUGGUCAGGCUGUAGGGAGAUCUGACACUAGGAUGGGGGUUGCAUCAUAUUCAAUCAUAUUGAAUCAUAAUUGAUUUAUUACUGUCAAUUUAUACGUAUGUUAG